CCAAGGUCUUUGCCACUGCUCUCCACAGUUAUUAGGAGAGGAAUGUCAUCAAAACAUGAGAUCAGGACAGCUUCGGCGCCGCAACCGGUCGGCACAUACUCUCAGGCCAUACGAGACGGCAAUCGGGUGUAUAUCUCGGGUCAGGUAGGGAUGGAUCCGAAGACAUCGAAGUUGGUGUCCGACGGGUUCGAAGCGCAAGCGGAUCAGGCGUUCAGCAAUCUUCGUGCGGUGGCCGACGCGUCGGGCGUAUCGCUGGACGCGGCCGUCAAAGUCAACAUUUUCAUCACUGAUGUGAAUAACUUCGCC